AUUGAACCCAGGCCCCCUGCAUUGGGAGCGCGGAGUCUCAUGUACUGCACCACCAGGGAAGUCCUGUGGAGAAGACUUCUAAGCCAUGCCCAUGACAAAGAGUGCCGGUGGUCCCCAGGGAGCUGUUGACCUCAAACUGGACCUCAAGUCCUCUUACGAAAGUGCCAAGAAGUUGCAGGACAAGGAUUCCGGUUUCUUGGAUGGAAGCCCUUCUGAGUCGCCGGACUCGGAGACGACCAAGGGCAUAACAGCAUUCCAGACCUUGGUUCACCUGGUGAAAGGUAACAUAGGCACAGGGAUCCUGGGACUACCCCUGGCUACGAAGAAUGCAGGCAUCCUGAUGGGCCCUCUCAGUUUGCUGGCCAUGGGCUUCAUCUCCUGCCACUGUAUGCACAUCCUGGUCAGGUGCGCCCAGCGCUUCUGCCACAGACUGAACAAGCCCUUUAUGGACUACGGGGACACGGUGAUGCACGGACUAGAAGGCAGCCCCAGCACCUGGCUCCGGCACCACGCCCACUGGGGAAGGCGUAUGGUGAGCUUCUUUCUUAUAGUCACCCAGAUGGGCUUCUGCUGCGUGUACAUUGUGUUUCUGGCUGAUAAUUUAAAACAGGUAGUGGAAGCGGUUAAUAGCACAACCAACAACUGCCAUUACAACGGGACAGUGAUCCUGACGCCCACCGUGGACUCUCGACUCUACAUGCUCGCCUUCCUGCCCCUCCUGGUGCUGAUAGUCCUCAUCCGGAACCUCAGGGUUCUGACCAUCUUCUCCCUGUUGGCCAACAUCACCAUGCUGGUCAGCUUGAUCAUCAUCGCCCAGUCCAUCAUCCAGGGAAUUCCAGACCCCAGCCACUUGCCACUGGUAGCAAAUUGGAAGACCUACUCGCUCUUCUUUGGAACAGCCGUUUUUUCAUUUGAAAGCAUUGGUGUGGUUCUGCCCCUGGAAAACAAGAUGAAGGAUGCCCGCCGAUUCCCAGUCAUCCUGUCUUUGGGAAUGUCCAUCGUUACUGCCCUCUACAUCAGCAUCGGGACUCUGGGCUACCUGCGGUUCGGAAAUGACAUCAAGGCCAGCAUAACCCUUAACCUGCCCAACUGCUGGCUGUACCAGUCGGUCAAGAUCCUCUACAUAAUUGGCAUCCUGUGCACCUACGCCCUGCAGUUCUACGUCCCUGCAGAAAUCAUCAUUCCCUUCGCCACCUCCCAGGUGUCAAAGCGCCGGGCGCUGCCUCUGGACUUGUUCAUCCGCUUCUCCAUGGUCAGCCUGACAUGCAUCUUGGCCAUCCUCAUCCCCCGCCUGGACCUGGUCCUCUCUCUGGUGGGCUCCCUGAGCGGCAGUGCGCUGGCCCUCAUCAUCCCACCCCUCCUGGAGAUCACCACCUACUACUCAGAGGGCAUGAGUCCCAUCACCAUCAUCAAGGAUGCCCUGAUCAGCAUCCUGGGCUUCGUGGGCUUUGUGAUGGGGACCUACCAGGCCCUGGACGAGCUGAUCCAGUCAGAAGACCCUCUCACCUUUUCCAACUCCACCAUUUUUAUUCAGUGAAAAUGGCACUGCUUCUUACCCACCAGCACCUGACAUUUAAAGAUAUAAAUCUCUUUUAUAUGCAUUAUCUAUAUUUUGCUGCUUUACCUUUCUCUGGGUCAAGUCACAGUGAAACAAGCACGGACUCACCAGCUACAAGGUCUAGAUGGUAAUUUAAAAAUUUUUUUAAAAUUUAUUUUCUUUCCAUCCCUAGCUUUCCACUCUACUGAGAGCUCUCUCAGAAGGAGCUCUCUCUCUGAAGGCUCUUGAUUCCAUCCAGCUUUUUGGCAAUUCACACGAUCAAUUUCACACCUUGAGUGGGGCUAUGCAAGAGGAAGCCACCAAGGGGCAUCCAACAGGCAGCAACUGACAGAAGGAGGUGCCGCCAGCUAAGGCUGAUGGUGAUUUGGUAGACAAAGGGUGUCCUCUUUUCCAGAUCUGUUUAAAGAGCAAAGAUUAAGAGUGGGGACAUAAUCCAUAAUCCAGCAAGGUGUGCACAGCUCCAGCGUCAAGAUGGAUAGGAUCCACAGGUCCAUGGUGAGCAGCAACUCUCAGACAGAAAGGAACCACCAUAUUUAAGUCAAGGGCAAUAAACUUUCUAAACAACUGGAUAAAGUUUUGGCCCAGUUCAAAGAUCUCAACAAAGGACAGCUGUCACAGAAAUGGAUGUGCCAAUGGCGGGGGGUGGGGGGUAGGGUGGGGAUGGACAAUGAUUAUUUCAUUGUUUAUCUCUUGAUUCUUUUUUUUUCUUUAACCUCUUGAUUCUUGCAACAAGCAUUCUUUCUUACCUACCACGCACCAAGCAUAGUUCAAAGUUCUUGUAAUAGUUUGCAAAAAUGGCGACAAAUUCCUCUUGACAAUGUGACGUUGCAGCUCGCAUCAAGAAGUGAAAUCUAUAUCUCUACCCCUUGAAUCUUGUCUUGGCCUUGUAACUUGCUUUGGCCAAUGGGACAUAGUAAAUGUGAUGCAAGCAGAGGUUUCGUGAUGGCUAAUGCAUUGGAACUUUCAUCGUGAUGCUCUGUGGAGAUAAGAGCACCAAGUGAAGAAGCCAGGGCUAGCCUACUGGAGGAGGAGAGAUCACGUGGAGCAGAAAUGAAUCAUCCCAGUUGAGCCCCAUCUCCCAGAACAGCCAGCCUGCUGACUUCGAGACAUGUGAGUGAAGUAUCCUAGACUAUAUACAGCACCAGUCAAGCUGGCCUGGACCAUAAAUAUUGCUCAGAUGAUCCACAGAAUUAUGAGAAAUAAUAAAUGCUUUUAGUUUUAAGCCAUAA